AUGGUGGCAAGCCUAUCUGGGCCGGCCCAUGCGGACGUCCGAUGCUCGGAAUGCAAGGUGCGCUCCUGUGAGCCGGCUUGCGUAGGCCGAGCUUGGAGCCUCCGACGCGGAGGCUCCCGAAGUCGGCCCUGGCCCUCCCCCGGGAGGCCGGGGAAGGUCGACGGGCGACUCGCUUUCCUGGACUUCUGGCCGGGCUUCGAAGACAACACCGACAGGUGGUUCUCCAAGGACUGGUUCAGGACCAACUUGCGUGGCAUCCAGGUGGUGGAGCCCCAGGACCACCCGGAUGUUAUAAUGUUCAGCUUGUUUGGACGAUCCCACGUGCGACAUCUUCAGUCCGGUUCUACGUCUAAGCUCGUAUUCUUCACAGGUGAGAAUGUUCGACCGCCCGUCGGCCGAAUCCCUCUUUGCAUUUCUUUUGAUCAGCUGGAAGAUGUCCCCCUUUCGCGUCACGCACGGAUACCGCUGUGGAUUUUCAACAAGGAAGUCCACACAGUUUUGCAGAUUCACGAAGCUAGGCUCAGGAACAACGUGAAUACCACGGUGCGCAAUCGUGCCGGCUUCUGCAGUUUUGUGGCCAGCAAUGCGACGAUGUACAAUGCCGAGUUCAGGACGCGAUUUGUCCAGAUCUUGUCGAGCAAGUACAAAGAAGUCGCUUGCGGCGGUGAAGUUCUGAACAAUGUUGGGGGGCCAGUUAGGGACAAAAUGGACUUCUUGCGUGGUUACCGGUUCAACGUUUGUUUCGAGAAUGCUUCUCAUCCAGGCUACUGCACGGAGAAGAUUCUACAUGCAUUUGCCUCCGAGUCUAUUCCGAUCUAUUGGGGCGAUCCAUCUUGCUCGAGCAGAGGUAAGGGCAUGAGUGAUUUCAACACCCGUGCAUUCAUCAGCGCGCAUGACUUUGAGAACACGGCUCAGCUCAUAAAGCACAUCGCCAGGGUGGAGGCAGACCCGGUCUUGUUUGAGUCAUACCUCCGAGAGCCGAUACUGGCAGAUCACUGGUACCGUCGCUUGAAGGACUGGUCCGGCUUCUGCUCUGGAUUCAGGGACCUUCUUUUUGCAGAGUGCCACCUUGGAACGCCGCGUUUGGUCCCCGGCGCCCCGCCGGGUCAAGGAAGUUGCACUGCCGCAGGCGGCGAAAGAGCG